UAUGUAAAGUUACAAGAUUGUUUCGGCAUAGUCGAGUGAGGCGAAAUAGAAUGGCGGGAGAUGUGGAAGUUCGGGGCUUUGCCCUUAUGCUCGCAGUGCGAGUCGCAUAUUUGGCCUUCCUGCUCUGGCUGUUCAUUCCGGAGGCCUACCUGCAAGAGCUCGGGAUUACCUAUUACCCCUCCAAGUACUGGGCGGUGGCGGGACCCGCCUGGCUGACACUGGCCAUCGUGUGGGGCUACUGGGUGUAUGAGGGGCUCAACAUGACGCGUGUGCCGCCGCUGUCUGACAGCCGCAACCUGGCAGACGCCCGAUGCAAGUCUGCUGAGCGCGUGGGCCUCCGUGGCUACACGCAGCCCACAACCCACGCCGUGCCGCCGCUGUGCCACAUCCCGCCCGACAUAGUCAGCCGCCAUCUGUUUGGCGGCGGGGCCGUUGCCUCAACCCCAGCCACAGCGACAGCCGCAGCCGCAGCCGCCGCAGAAGCAUCCGUACCCGCCACGGGCGGCACCAGCGCUAGCCGCUAACGCCCGUGAGGCUGUAGCUGGAGUGUGCGGCGGUACAUCUGGCUGGCAGCAGCACGCCAGAGAGCCACGCCAAUGGGCGACGGCAGGAGCUCGGCCCUGCGUCGGGAUGCCGCUGCUGCCUGGGAUGCCGGUGCCGGUGGCAUGACGCGGUGCCGUUGCUGGGGUGCCGGUGCCAGUGCUGGUGUUGGCAGUGGACGGUGUGUCGGCAGGUGCCCGACAGAUGGAGCUGCAGCGGAGAGGGGAAGGCCGCGGCAGGCCGACAAGUGCGCGCGCUGAUGGCAGCACUGCGGCGGCGCACAUGGCACCGGCUGAGGCGUGCAGGCAUCCGCAUGAAGCGCUUAGCUGUCUGCGCUGCUUGCUGAGGUGGACCACGACGGCAAUGGCGAGGUACAGUAUCCCGAGUUCUUGGAGAUUAUGACCGUCAUGCUGCAGCGCCUGGCCGAGGAGGAGGGCAGCGAGAAGAACGAGGGACAGGCGCCUUUCGGCGGUAGUGAUGUGCGCGCAUGGAGGGGCCAAGGGGCUGGAAGCUGCAAGUCGUGGGCCUCGGCUGCUGUGGGUAGCCCUGCCUGCUGUUGGCGGGGCCGGUGCCUUGGCAUGGCUGGGGAGUGGUUCGCUAGCGCAGGGCUGCAGACUCGAAGCCUCAAAGCGCAUGUGUGGGUAAAUGCUGCACUCCGCUAACGAGUCGCCAAGUGGUUCCGCAAGCGUGAAAGAGUUGAUGUUGUGGUUUUUGCAGUACAUUGUUUCCGUAAAAGCCCUCUGGCCGAUAGUCCGGAGAAGGGACAAAAACCGUGGGAAAGCGUUGAGUUGGACUGGCGUGCUGGAGGUACCAGUAGUAGCUUUCCCUGCUACUCCUGCUGGCAUUCGUGCCAAGCAUGCGGGAGCGUGCGCUGCAUGGGCCGAGCGGCGGGCACCGGGUCAGUAGCCUCUGUGCGUGGGCUCAGGGGCCCGGCAUGAAGCCACGACAAUACGACAUGGUGUUCUAUACACUUACCGCAUUGGGGGCGGGUGGCAGCCUGGUCAGUAACGGCGGCCAGGGAUGGGCCGUGCUGCGGUAGCGCCUGCAGCAGCUGGUCGCGAGGCAGAGCCGCAUCGCACCUGCAGGAAGGCGUAUCUCCUGGGGGUGAAGGGACGCGGGAUGCUGGGCUCCAGGGCUGUAGUGCAGGCACGGGUCCCUGAGCCCGGCACCGCAGUGCAGGGAAGCGCCGGAGGCAACGAAGGACGCAGUCCCUACCAUACCGUACGGUACUAUCAUAACUAGACUGAUUGUACAGACCUCGGGCGGGAUCGCAGCGUUUGCUGGCGGAGCUGCUUGUCGACAAAUAAGGAGAC